UCAAAUCACAAACAUACAAAUUUCUUUACAAUUCUUUUGUUUUUAAAUCCUAUAUAUCAUAGGACCACUUCUGUUAUCAUUCAACUUCUCUGCUCCACCACCUAGCUAGAGAUUCACCGAUCAUGGCCACCACCACGGCUGCUGCAGCUGCCGCGUCACAUUUCUUUGGAACUCGAAUCCAGAACUCGAAACCAAACGUGGGAAAAAUCCAAGCCAGGUUUGGUUUUGGAACCAAGAAAUCAUCCCCUCCACCAAAGAAAGCUCCGCCAAAACCAGCAGGAAAUCGACUCGUUUGGUUCCCUGGUGCUCAACCACCAGAAUGGUUGGAUGGAACCAUGGUUGGAGACCGUGGUUUCGAUCCAUUUGGGUUUGGUAAGCCUGCAGAGUACUUGCAAUAUGACCUUGAUUCCUUGGACCAGAACUUGGCGAAGAACGUGGCUGGUGAAAUUAUCGGAGUCAGAGUGGAGCCGGCGGAGGUGAAACCAACUCCAUUUCAGCCGUACACGGAGGUUUUCGGGUUGCAGAGGUUUAGGGAAUGCGAGCUUAUUCAUGGGAGAUGGGCAAUGUUAGGUACUCUUGGAGCCAUUGCCGUUGAAGCUCUCACUGGUAUUGCAUGGCAAGACGCGGGAAAGGUAGAGCUAGUUGAAGGGUCAUCCUACCUUGGGCAGCCACUUCCAUUCAACUUGACCACAUUGAUUUGGAUAGAGGUGCUAGUAAUUGGGUAUAUAGAAUUCCAAAGAAAUGCAGAGCUUGAUCCAGAGAAAAGGCUAUACCCAGGUGGCUACUUUGAUCCACUUGGCUUAGCCUCUGAUCCUGAGAAGAAAGAAAACCUUAAACUAGCAGAGAUCAAGCAUGCUAGGCUAGCCAUGGUUGCCUUCCUCAUCUUUGGUAUCCAAGCUGCUGUUACUGGGAAAGGUCCCAUUGCCUUUGUUGCCACCUUCAACCAGUGAAAAAUUAUUAAUCAACAACUUUUAUUUUGGAUUUGUUUGCAUCUAAUGUUUACUGCUCUCUCUCUGUCAAGGGUUUAUGCAACAUUUACCCUUUUGUUUAGCUCACUGAUGCUGUAUUAAUUCAUUUUAUUUAUGUUAAUUUCUACAAUAUUUCUCUAA